AGCUGCUGGAGACGACGACGAAGAAGAAGCCAAGCCAAUGCAACAACCGCGUCGACUAGCACGCUCUUGUCCUGGAGUGCAAUUCCAAGAAGAUGUAUCGACCAAAACCAACAUUGAAAGAUCGCCAGCAUCUGUAUAAACUCAUCAUAAGCCAGCUCCUCUACGAUGGCUACACCGGCAUCGCCAACAGUUUAGUCAAUGAAAUUAAACCUGCAAACGUGGUGUCGCCAUCUGAACAGCUUGUCCAGCUGGUAAAAAUUGGGAUGGAGAAUGAUGACAGCGCUGUGCAAUAUGCUAUUGGGCGCUCUGAUACAGUCGCGCCUGGUGUGGGAAUUGAUCUCGAAUUCGAUGCUGACGUCCAGACAAUGUCUCCAGAGGCAUCUGAAUAUGAAACGUGCUAUGUUACGUCCCAUAAGGGACCAUGUCGGGUUGCCACGUACAGUCGGGAUGGCCAGCUCAUCGCCACAGGCUCAGCUGAUGCUUCCAUCAAGAUACUGGACACUGAGCGUAUGCUGGCAAAAAGUGCCAUGCCAAUUGAGGUUAUGAUGAACGAGACAGCUCAGCAAAACAUGGAGAAUCACCCGGUGAUUCGAACACUGUACGACCACGUGGAUGAAGUUACAUGCCUGGCCUUCCAUCCGACUGAACAGAUCCUUGCUUCCGGCUCAAGAGAUUACACUCUCAAACUUUUCGACUACUCAAAGCCUUCUGCAAAACGAGCGUUUAAAUAUGUACAGGAAGCAGAGAUGCUGCGUGCCAUCUCUUUUCACCCAUCUGGAGAUUACCUUCUGGUUGGAACACAGCACCCCACCCUGCGUCUUUACGAUGUCAACACCUUCCAGUGUUUUGUGUCCUGCAACCCAGCGGACCAACACACCGACACUAUUAGCGGCGUUAGUUACAACCCGACAGCCAACAGCUAUGUCAGCUGCAGCAAGGACGGCAGCAUUAAACUAUGGGAUGGUGUCUCCAAUCGCUGUGUGACCACCUUUGACAAAGCUCAUGAUGGGGCAGAGGUCUGCUCAGCCAUCUUCACCAAGAACUCCAAGUACAUCCUUUCCAGUGGGAAAGAUUCAGUGGUCAAACUGUGGGAAAUAUCCACAGGCCGAAUGUUGGUGAAAUACACAGGAGCCGGCCUGAGCGGUCGUCAGAUGCAUCGUACGCAGGGCGUGUUCAACCACACGGAAGAUUAUGUUCUGCUUCCCGAUGAGCGCACCAUCAGCCUGUGCUGCUGGGAUUCACGUACGGCCGAGAGGAAAAACCUGCUGUCGCUGGGUCACAACAACAUCGUGCGCUGCAUUGUCCACUCGCCCACCAAUCCGGGUUUUAUGACUUGCAGUGAUGACUUCAGAGCCCGUUUUUGGUACCGGCGCACCACAACAGAUUGAUGGACUUCCCUCCCUCUCUCUCUCGCUCUCUCCCCCCGCCACGUCCUUUGAGAAACAAACGACUGCAAACCUAAGACUCGUUUAUGACGCCAAUGGAAAGAAGUGUGAAAUCUUGCAUACUUUGUUUUUUCAUCUUAGGAAUUGUCUUCUCUCUUUUUGAUACUGUUUCGUCAAACUUAAAAGUCAUACACAAGACCUUAAGUUUCUUUUUUUUUGCUGAUUAAACAUUGUUUUGUCUUUGUAGAGAUUAAAAAAAAUCUUGCCUUAA